AUGGCGGACCAACAAGGUCUGUCCAACAAAGACAAGGUUUGUCAGUUUUUUGCGUCCAAUGCCGGGCUGCAUUUUCGCUCGGCAGACGUGGCGGCUGCCCUGGGACUGGACGGGCGAAGCGUAGGGCAGCAACUCGCCCGGCUAUGGCGGGCCGGCUUCGUAGAGAAGGUUCAGACUACCCCCUAUGCUACCUGGCGUAUGAAGCUUCACACGUAUCCCGGGAGAAACUUACACGGGCCGGCUGCGCCAAAACCCGCCAUUCCGACACCAGCGAAGAAGUCUACAAGGGGGUCAAGAUCACACGAGGAAGUAAGAAAUGACACUGGACACUGUCCCAUGGGGUCACCCAUGGUUCAAGGAUGGAGAGAAGGGGAGAAUGAGGAGCAAGAAGAAGAGGAAGAAGUCGGCCAGGAGAGCUCUCUAGUUGAAGUACCCAGUGUUAGGAUGCCAGCUUUCCACAGUGUUUCUUCAAAACCUCCACCUUCAACAAGAAGAGAAGCAACAUCAUCCCAAGAGAACAUCUCAGUUCAAAAAAAGGCUGCUGAAAUUCCGACAACCAAGAGGAAAUUAGGACGCUUGCCCGGUAACAAACUGUCAGCAACAACACUUCAGGUUGGACUUAGAGGAAGCAAAACUGGGAAGACAACUGCAGGGUUUUGCCAGAAAACUGCAUGUGUUGCAACUGGACUGAAAAGAAAGGUUUCUUCAGAUUCAAAGAAUGCAGACCAAGGAAGGAAAGGGAGAGUAAAGAAAACAGUGUCACAAACCCAAGGUAGAGAAGUCAACAGUGACAGAUGUUUGUCAGAUUCUGAGUCCUCAUUAACAGAAAUUGUUGGAACUGUACAGAAAAGGAAAGUUGUAGCUGAGACAACAAUUGGAAACCAAGGAGUGAAAGGAAAAGUGAAGAAAAGAAAGUCACAACCUGCACUGAGAGAAGACAGCAUUGACAGAAGUAGUACAGAUUCUGAGUCCUCUUCUCCAAAAGUUGUUAGAACUGUACUAAAAUGGAAAGUUGGAGCUGAGAAAACAAAAGGAAACCAAGGAAUGAAAGGAAUAGUGAAGAAAACCACGUCACAAACCAUGGAUAAAGACUGCAGUGACAGAAGUGGCGUAGAUUCUCAGUCCCAAGUACAGAACAAGACACAGCUUAUGCCUACCACAGUGUCAUGCCAAAGAACAUCUACAACUGCAGUGAAAAAGAACACAGACAAAGUACAGAAAAGGAAAGUGAUCAAGAAAACAAUGACCCAAACAACAUGUAGGGAAGGUGAGGGUGGUGCAGGUGGCAUACCUGGUUCUCUACAGAACAAAGCGCGACUAAUGCCUGUCACCCUUGCACCCACAUUGAUCAAACCAGCAGGGAACAUGGAAACCAAACUGUUAAACUUCAUUCAGGAAGCCCAGGGCAUGUUGGUGAUGACAGGUAACGAUGUAGCGAAGGCCCUGGGUUCCAAGCCCAAGGAGACGCACAGACUGUUACUCCACAUGCAACGGACUGGUCAGGUGAGGAAGGUUUGUGACAAACCCACACGGUGGAUGAUGUUAGGUGGUGGCCAGGGUAGAAGGGGGCUUGCUAGGAAAGGACAGAGACAAGGAUCGCCUAGCACUAAGUAUCAAUCAAUGUCUAUCCCAGCUUCCAGGAAUCUCCAUAGUGGAACAGCAACUUCUACCCAGGCUUCCAGGAAUCUCCACAGUGAGACAGCAACUUCCACCCUGACUUCCAGGAAUCUCCAUAGUGGAACAACAACUUCCACCCUGACUUCCAGGAAUAUCCAUAGUGGAACAGCAUCUUCUACCCAGGCAUCCAGGAAUCUCCAUACUGGGACAGCAACUUCUAUCAAGACUUCCAGGAAUUUGCAUACUGGUACAGCAACUGAAGGAUCAAAUUCCAGGACAAGCCACAGUGUCAGAGCUCAGUCAGGUGAUGGUCUAGUGGAAGAGAGACAGACAUUCCUGACAUUACCCAGUAAAGAAGAAGAAGAAGAUGAUACAGAGAUAGCCUUCACAUCCACUCAAUGGUCCAUAGAGCCUGAGAGAUGUCUUACCACUGAAGAAGAAGAAGACGAAGACAUCAGCUGUGUUUCUCAUGAGCAAGAGAGUAUCCUCCUUGAAGAUGUGGAAUUCUGGAACUCAAAUGAGUUCAAUAACAGAGAGACAGCAUCAAGAAUAGGUGGACAGAAGUAUAAUUCAGAGAAGGGAGGCUUCAUGGCUGGAAGUGAUGGCUGUAAGCAGAGCACCUGUUCCUUGUCACUUGUUGAAGAUGUAGGGACAGAUCCUAGGAGAGCCCGUGGGCAAGGAGUGUAUGCAGAACAACAUGGCAACAGCAGGAGUGGAAAGACAGUAAGCACUACAGGUGCUAAAGGUGUUGAACCUUCUUUGACAAGAGAGAAAAACACUCUGGUUAGGCUGGAUGCAUCACAGAAUGCAGAGGAACUUAUGUCUGAGAAAUUCCUACAGAUUGAGAGUGCAAGAUGGCAGAGACCAAGAUCACCCAAGAGCUUCUUAACAGACUAUUGGUCUAAAGCAGAUUCCAAGGAUGCAAAACGUUUUGAUGCAGAGAAUAAGACUGUAGACAGCUUCAACUCCAGACUGCUUGCCUACCCGACCACCAGUGUAGAGAUCAUUGACAGUGAAGAAGAGUGCCCUAGUGAUCUGUCAAAGAACUGCAGUAAGAGUAAGAUCUGUAUUAGCAAGGUUUCAUUUAAAGACAACGCAAACCUUACAGAUGAAAAAUCUCAGAUUGUUCUAAAAGAAGAACCUAAAACUUUCCACACUACAAAAACACAAACCAGCCAAGAAUUUGUGCACUCUUCACAAGCGAUGACCAGUAAGAGUAUUGACCAGAGAUAUUCUCUCAAGAACUCACCUACCAAAGUGCAGUCAGAUGAAGAUGAUGUAGUGGUCAGUCUUGAAGAAAGGGCUGGUGGUCAAGCUGUUUCCAGUCCCAUCGGUCCAUUGGAACAGAGUACUUGGACACAGCCAAAAGCUUUGUACACUUCAAAUGAGACAGAGCCAGUGGAGCAAGGAGAGACAGAGGCUGAAGAAACUGGUGGUCAAGAGAAGGCACCUGUGGGUGAGGGUAAAGGUCAUGAUGGGUCAGAGGUUGGCGAGGUCAUCAUACAUCAGAGUUCGGUCGCCAGGGUUACGCCACAGGGAGGCAGACAAGUGGCAACGUUGGGCACCAGUCAUAAAAUACCCUGGAUGUAA